AUUAAUGUGGAAAAGAAAGGGCUAUUUGGGAGAGUAGGUCUGAUAAAUCUACAGAUCCAUCCACACCAUUCAGGACCAUCUCUCUCUUUACUCUGACGUGUUUACCUUCUUCAGUUUCUCUCCUUCAUCUCCGGCGACUUUCGAGGAAGCGAAGCUUAAGAUUUAGGGAACUAUGGACAGCUUCUGGCAAUUGGGCGAUGAGCUCCGAGGUCAGUCACGAGCCUCAGAGGAUCACAAAUGGUCCACUGUCGCAACCAAGCUCGCUGAGCAGACUAGGAUGAAAGGGGAAAGGAUGAACAACCUCGAUCUCUCCAAGCCCUACUCUGAGUUCAGGCCAACCGACAAGUUUAGUUUCCAGGACAACAACAACCUUAAUUUCAACAUGUUGAACCUGGACGGCAAGUAUGUGCAAGGCAUGGGCAAAGCUCCGAUGCAGAGCAAUGUUUACAACAACGUGAACAAUGUUUUCCAGAAGAACGACUUCAAGAGUGGAGGCAACAUGAAGGUUAACAAGUACAGUGGCAAUGUUGUUGCUAACAAGGAGCUGAGCAACAACAACAACAAGCACAGCAAUAAUGAUAAUGUGAAUAUGAAUGUUGACAAGAGGUUUAAGACUUUGCCUGCAUCGGAGACGCUUCCGAGGAAUGAAGUUCUUGGCGGCUACAUCUUUGUUUGCAACAAUGAUACCAUGCAGGAGGACUUGAAACGCCACCUAUUUGGUUUACCUCCAAGGUACAGGGACUCUGUCCGGGCGAUAACACCUGGGUUACCUCUGUUUCUUUACAAUUACACCACUCACCAGCUCCAUGGUAUCUUUGAGGCAACAACUUUUGGAGGUACUAAUAUUGAUGCGACUGCCUGGGAAGACAAAAAGUGCAAAGGAGAGUCAAGAUUUCCGGCUCAGGUGAGGAUCAGAGUGAGGAAAAUAUGCAAAGCCUUGGAAGAGGAUUCCUUCAGGCCUGUUCUUCACCACUAUGAUGGCCCAAAAUUCCGCCUUGAGCUCUCUGUUCCUGAGACAUUGGAUCUGCUAGAUCUGUGCGAACAAGCUGGUUCUGCAUAAGCCGAUCAACCCUGCAAUGCCACGUUGCUAGGGGAAGUGAUCUGAAAUCUAUCUAUAUAUAUGCAUAUUACCAUAAGAGCGUAAGCUUUUGGGAGUUAGAUAAGAGUCGAAUUCAAAUGUAUGGUUUACUAAGAAGUGAGGAGUUGUGUGCGUCUUGAGGCAAGCAAAAGGGUGAAGAAGCUCUGCCGAAUAAGCGACUACCCUUGUUCUUGUUGUGUCUAAUGUGUGAGUGUCUGUGCUUUGUGAGAGAUUUGAAACAAACAAUUUAUGUAGAGAGAAAGUGAGACUAAAUAACAGAGCCAAACCAAUGGUAUGAGCUACUGUUUGUGUUUGCUUUGUGCAAGGGAAAAACAAAUGUUUUAAAUAGCAAGUUUAACUUUUAA